GGUCCAUCCAGUGGGCCGUCCUUGGUCGCAGCCAAACCCGCCCUGUGCUUCCGUUCCCCUUCGCUCCAAAAUUUCUACAUGCCAGACCCGAACUGAACUGCCCAUUCCAUCCCCCCUCGAACCCACGACCCUCGACCGUGCUCUCGACGAUUUAUGCCAUCGCGGGAUCCUCAUCCAUCCGUCGCGCAUCCUCCCGUCCCUUCUCCUUUCUCUUCCUCCGACCGUUCUACUCUCCUUUGCCGCCCGACGUGAUUGCGUGCUUCUCUCGUUGCCCGCACUCGCUCGCUUUGCUCGAUUUCCCGUCUCACGUCGGCGUCAUUGACCGGUCCCCAAAAAGGUUCCCACCGUUCCCCACACAAUUUGCAGUUGACCCCCCGACCGCUUUCGCCAGAGGGGGUUCAGGGCAGGGACCUAGCAAGAACAAGGGAAAAAAAUCAGAAAAGGGGGAGACCAAAAAAUAGGAGGAGCGAAAAAAACCCUCGUCUCCCGCACCGCCUCGAUUCCGUCGUCCUCCUUGAGCGACCGACGAAAUCUCGUCCGCUUGCGAUAACCACAGGCGAAGGAAGGAAUUCUGCUUCUUGCCACAAGCACCACCAUCAGACUCGACACUCUUCCACCCCUCGCUUGCCGGCCACAUCGGGUUCUUGCAGCCUGCUGUGCUCCGUGGCCAGCAGCUGUGCUGGGGGAACGACGCCCAUACGAGGCUCGAAUCUUUUGGAAUCACCACGCACCUAUCGAGAGACAAAAUGAACCAGCAACAGGAAGGCUACCUAAACGGCCACUUUGGUGCCACAAACAGGUCACCAAACUCGUCGCGACCCGGCUACGCAACCACGGUGGGGUUUCCGGGAAUGGGCCUCGGCCAGGGAGGCAACGGUCGCCAAAACCAGAGGAACGGUGCCGGCGGCGGUAUCGAUGCGCUCAGCCAGCAGGUCUCGGAUCUAAGCUUCUACGGUGGCGGCGACGAGCGCUUCAACACUUUCAACCCGGGUGCGUCGCGGUACGACGGUCGCUCUGCGCCCUCGCCGGGCGCCGGGAAUGCCGCGGGUAACUUCAUGAUGUUUGCAAACGGCCAGGCGUGGGGCUACAACGCAAACUCAAACUACAACGGAAGCACCACUGCCACCAUCAACGGCGCCAUCAGCGAUCCCACCCGCAUGAGGGGAGGUGUCAACAGGCGGGCCCCUCUGCCAACAGAAUGGGGUGUGAUGGGUGACUCUGGCCUCGGCGCCCCAAGCUCCAUGGGUCGUGGUCAGCUGCACCACUACAACCAGGGCCCCGCGCCCAUCUCGGCAAUGGGAACAACAAAUGGACAGAUGUACACGGUUGCCCCACCAGCCGGCGCAUACAGCGUCCCCGACCUGAGGCCGCAUGGCGACGAUGACGACGGCCCUGGCCUCAUUAAGACGGCCAUUGUCAUCAAGAACAUCCCGUUCAACGUCCGGAAGGAGACACUGCAGGCCCUGAUGGUGGAACUGAACCUGCCGCAGCCGUACGCUUUCAAUUAUCAUUUCGACCAGGGCGUUUUCCGCGGACUGGCAUUUGCGAAUUUUGCGCACCCCGAAGAGACGAAGGUAGUUAUCAACGCCAUGAACGGUAUGGACGUUUCUGGUCGCAAGCUGCGCGUCGAGUACAAGAAGAUGUUGCCCGAGCACGAACGCGAGCGCAUCGAGCGCGAGAAGAGAGAGAAACGUGGCCAGCUCGAGGAGCAGCACCGCGCUGUGCCUCUGCAUCACCAGCCGUCGCUUGGCAGCAUCGGCAACAACGUCGUGUCUUGCCUCUCGGAUGCAGCGGCAAGCAGCUACAGGGAGCACGGCAUCGAUAUGAACAAACAGUCGACCAUCACGUUUUAUCUGGAGCUUUUCAUGUUCCGGAAGGACCCUGCACGCGAGAUCAUGAUCUUCCCGCCCGACCUCUCGCCCGAGGCCCGCCGCGAUAUCCACGUUAUCUCCCAUUCGCUCGGUCUUAGCCACACUAGUGUUGGCGAUGGCGACAACCGUCAAGUCGUCGUCAAGAAGACCCCCUCGUCAGGUGGCCAGGUGAACACACUCGCCAUGCCUACGGCCACGGGUGCCACUCUUGACACGCACCCGAGGGGGCUCAGCCGCGCUGCCACCAUCGAUUUCGCCGAGCAAUCGCGCGCCGCGGGCCCUCAAGGCGCCUGGAAUCACGCUCAGACGCGCGCCGGCGGAGGACUUCUCGGUGUUCCCGGGAGCCCAGAUGGCCCCCAAGGCCUCAACGGUCUCCGUGGUGUUAAGAGCUUCGCGGACUUGAGGUCAUAUAGCCCUAGCCCCAGCCCGUCCGUCACCAGCGCCAGCAACGUCGCGCUCGCCCCAGGAUCAAAUGUCACUCUCUUUGGCCACUACACAACCGAAAGCAACGCUGCGGCUGCAGGCGCUUUCGGCUCUCUCCCGAUCCCUCAGCAGAAUGGCGCCUCUGACGGCCUCGGUCCCCUGGCGCGGGCGGCAUUCGAUGCCGGCGGCAGUGGGCAGAUCUCGCGCCCCCGAGCUGAGGGCCCGGGUGCUAUUGGCAGCCAGCGGCCUGGUGCUGGGGCCAGCAAUGGAAACUCGAGCAACAGGGCCCCGGAAAGGCAGCCUCGAGGCCCAGGCGUUGAAACUACCGGAUUCGGUUCCCGUACGCGCCAGAAUGGGCACAUGCAGCGCGGUAGUGAUUCUUCUGACAACGCUGGGGCGCCCACGAGCUCUACCUGGAGCCAUUAGGCGGGUAAUCUCCGCCGGGCACGCGCGCCUCAAGGGUCCGCAGGGACUCUUGAGAAUGCGCACAUCGGCCGUGUCAGACUGACAUCACUUCGGACUCUCGCCGCACGAGCUUUUUGGCAUCGAGCCGCUAACCCAGAAUCGAUGCUCGAACAGUUCCGUGGGGGGUCGCCUGAUGUCUUACCGCUUGGGACAUGUUGGACAGCCCACUUCGGGCGAGGACCCUACGCUAUUGAACGCCAUCCUUGCUCACCACCGGAGCCUUGUCUGCACUCCCGACAACCUGACAACCGCCCUCUUCCCCCACCCCAUGCAUCGAUAUGUCGGCGUUGAGGCGGCAGACAUACCCACUAUUUUCCCAGCUGCAUUUUUUUUCUUAUACUGUUGUUUUUGCUACUUCUUUCUCCGCAUCGUCUACGCUAUCACUUUGUAAUUUUUGCUUUUCCUUGCUGCCUUUUGCUCCUCCGCACCUGAGUGGCGGAGGUACCUCUUGACACUCUCACGACCACCUCAAUACGCCCAAAAGAGCAGAAGACGACUCCGCUACUUCGCCCCCACGAGAGGGGCAUGGGAGAACGGGUGCGAGUUCUUCCUCAAACGCCACGGCAUCUGGAAUGACCACUACGCCUGUGCCGUGGCCUGUACACCACCUUGACCGCCGAUGUCCUCAUGAAGCGAUAACGAGACACUUAUACUAUACCCAAGAUCACUGGUUGACGAGAAAAAAAAAAGGCACGAAGAGGCCUCGAGAGGAGAAGACGAGAUGACUGAACGAAAGUUGGAAAUCUGUUCAGAUCAAGAGAAGAUGGAAAUUGGAUUCCUGACUGAGGAAAUAACGUCACUUGAUACAAAGUCUUGGGCAACCACACCAACAGUCACCAGACGACUGAGCAUGCUUCUCGAUGAGCCCCGCUCCUUUGGUGGCAAGCAUUACGACGUACGAACCCCACGGAGAGCAUCGUCGCCCUCUCGAGCAUCCGACAGCUUGAUUGCUGGCCUGGCUUGUUGAGUGGCAUACGCCCUUGUCAUCAAGCCCGGCCACCCCCAUCCGCCGACGCCUCAAGAUCAGAUCGGGCUCGCACCCCACCUCCUCGACGGCACCUCGGGCUGUCUUUCUGGCUUGGCUUACAGCCUCGGUGCUUUGUGGGCCUUUUGCCGCUGCUCCCCAUUCACCUGCCACACAUCGGCUCUAUAACGAUUUCCACGCUGUUACGACGUGAUGUUUAGACGGUUAUGUCACAUCCUUCCUCUCACCCCAGUCAGACGUAUGGGGUUUGGCUAUCUUGCACUAGCUGCGGCGCACUCCGCUGGACCAGUCGAGACUGCACAACACCCCACACCUGGCUGGCUGAGGGGAGGCAUGCCUGUAUCACAUCACACAAGUGCGCCCUGCACACUAACCACGCAUAUUCACCCUGCACACCCCUAAUAGUAUAUUGCUACAAAAGUCAUGUUUGCCAUCGUUUUUAGCUUUCCCCAAUCUACGUAACACGUUUAACCCCCUCAUUUGUUUCCGCUGCGGAUACGCUGCUUCUCCCGCCCAUCCUGCCUCCCGCCCUGCUAUUGGCGGGGCAUGAAUGUUGCAGUUAACACAUUACCAACAGCUCGCAAGCCAAGGCUCGGGCGAUGCGAGAUAUUCGCUGGUGAUUUUUGGAUAUCGGACAUCAUUAUCUGAAUCGGAGUCCUCUGCUUUUCUCUUUUCUUGCCCAGUUCUCCUGGCUUACUGACCAUUCCGAUAUUGUCGAUCCCGUCAUGUGUCACUGUCUUCUGAUUUAACUAUCCACUUUGACGAGUUAAAUCUUUACUUCCACAAGUUACUAGGCUUGAUUAUCCGUUCCAUCUACAUUGGCCGUAUCACCUCUCUUUCUCUCUUUUUAUGUCUUGCUAUGCUUUCUAGUUUAUCUACCUACCACCUGCUAUUAAUAGUCCCCUUGCUUGCUUUACUCCGUUAUCCGACGCUGCUGAUGAUAAUGUGGCUACGUGAACGAUGGGUCGUGUGGGAUAGGCCGUGCGGGAUCUCGGUGUUGUUUGUUUUUGUGUGAGUACCCAUGUGUGUGAGCGGACCCGCGUUACCAGGCAUCCAGUUGUAUUUUUUGGAUUUUGUUCAAAAUUUGCCAGAUUAUCCCUCAAUUAUACCUCUGGCCAGCUUAUCCAGUU